AUGCAACAUUCGUAUCAUGGCCGAUUCGACAAUUGGUGGAAAGAUGUCGGCCUUCGCAAGCUGAUCUGUUGGCAAGCAUGUAUUCUGGCGUCGCAAAUGGUGACGGGCUAUGACGAAAGUGUUGUUGGCAGCUUUCAGUCGAUGCAACCUUGGAAAGACUCUAUGGACCACCCCGACGCAUCUCGUCUCGGCCUCAUCACCACAGUCGUUUUUAUUGGAGGAUUCGUUGGCUCUUUUGUUGCUCCACCAAGCUCCGACUACUUCGGUAGAAGAAUCAGCAUGCUCAUUGGCUCAACGACAACUCUUUGUGGGACCAUACUGCAGGCUGCCGCCCACAACUCUGAUAUGUUCAUGGCUGGAAGGUUUCUCGUUGGUCUUGGUAUCAGCUUCACCUGUGUCGCUGGUCCUCCUUUGUUGUAUGAGCUAGCGCGUCCAUCUAUGCGAGCAGCAAUGACCUCAACAGUAAGUAGUUGCUCUCGAGCAAAUGAACAGGAGCAUGCACAACAUCUGACACAUAUCAGUNUCAACGUCCUAUGGUACCUAGGCUCAAUCAUUGCAGCUUGGGUUACUUUCGCGACCGGACACUUGUCUACCACUUGGUCAUGGCGAAUUCCAUCCCUGAUCCAAGGAGUCACCCCAGCUAUCGUCAUACUAGCAGUUCUUUGUGGUAUGCCCGAGUCUCCAAGGUGGCUGUAUGCUCGUGGCAAAGUCGAAGAAGCACGAGCCAUCCUUGCACAUUAUCAUGCACAUGACGACCUGAAUGCGGACGCUGUUCAACAACAGUUGAACGAAAUCCAGGCCACACUUGAACUUGAAAAGUUUGCCAGAACAGCUGGUGUUGGUGCUCUCUUCCGUACAAAAGCGAACCGCAAGCGUAUGACUGUUGUUGUUGCGAUGGCGUUGCUCACGCUCUGGAACGGACAGGGGGUCAUCUCCUACUACUUUUCACCCAUUCUGGACAGCGUUGGCAUCAAAGACACCACAUCUCAAACAGGCAUCAACGGCGGUCUGCAAAUCUGGAACUUCCUCUACUCCAUCAUGGGCGUGGUCCUCGCAAGCAAGAUCGGCCGCCGUCCACUAUGGCUGAUUUCUUUUGGUGGUAUGAUCUUUGCUAAUGUACCCUUGACGGUAGCAAGUGCCAUGUAUGCAAAGCGUGACUCCAAGCCGGCCGCAUAUGUCGUCGUUGUCUUUCUAUUUAUCUACGACGCUGCUUUCAAUCUGGCCAACAAUCCCCUCCUCUACAGCUACCCGACAGAGAUAUUGCCAUUUGCUAUUCGAUCUCGUGGCCUUGGCGUCAUGGUGGCAGUUUCUCAAGCCGCCUUGACAGUCAAUCAAUAUGUCAAUCCUAUCGCCCUGGCGCACAUCGGCUUUUACUACUAUAUUUUCUAUCUCGGCAUGCUCAUCUUUGGUACCAAGAAUCUGUCAGAAGAAGAGCUUACUCUGCUGUUCGAGGACAAAGAUGACGUGGUGCUGCAGGGACUUGAGACAGGAGAGCGCAAGGCCACGCAUACUUCGGACGACGCACGCGAGAAGCUUGACUUUUCAGUAGAAGUUAAGCCAGAUGGAUCGAUCUAG